GGACACAUUUACUUGUUGGCGGCACACUCUUCCACGACAAAGUCCAGGCCGCUACAUAGAUAUCUUUGCGAGGCAGGCCCUUUCACAAGCCCCAGUCAUAGCCAUGGCUCGGUCUUCGAGGAGGAUGUCAUCAUGGCCGAUCUCCUACCUCUCAAUUCUACUCCUGUUGUUCUUCGUCUCUCCUGCAGUGAUGGUCAAACACCACGACUUCAAGCGCUGCGACCAGUCUGGCUUCUGUAAGAGAAAUAGAGCUCUUGCGGAUUCCAUGACAGAGAAGGGCAGCCCUGAAUCUUCUCCCUACCAGCUCGAUGCCGCCUCGAUCAAGUUCAAGGAUGGCCGCUUGGAUGGCUCCAUUAUCAAAUCGCUGGCCGACGGUGAUGCAGUUAAACUACCCCUGACGAUGACCUUCCUUGACCGCGGCAAUGUCCGGGUCACUGUCGACGAGGAGAAGAGAAGGAAGGGUGAGAUUGAGCUGCGGCAUGGCAGCGUCGCCAGAAAGGAGAGAUACGACGAAGCCGCUGCCUGGGCCCUCACUGGAGCCGGCCUCCAAGCCCAGACGACAGCUUCAAUGAAAAAAGUAUCGAAAGAUGUUACAGAGGUGUCGUGGGGACCCAGUGGUCACUUCAAGGCCAUCAUUCGGCACGCCCCUUUCGGGGUCGAGCUUUGGUCGGGUGAAGAGAAGCACGUCGUGUUCAAUGGCCGGGGAUUUUUGAAUGUCGAGCAUUGGCGGCCAAAGGUUGAGAAGCCUUCGGUGGACGAGAAUAAUACUGAAGCACAGCCCGCCGAACCAACGGAAGACGAAAGCACUUGGUGGGACGAGAGCUUCGGAGGAAAUACUGACUCGAAGCCCAAGGGCCCGGAAAGCGUUGCAAUGGACAUCACCUUCCCUGGAUACGGGCAUGUGUACGGUCUCCCGGAACAUACAGGGCCUCUGUCAUUGAAGGAGACCCGUGGAGGAGACGGAAACUAUGACCAGCCAUACCGAAUGUACAACAGCGACGUCUUCGAAUACGAACUCGACUCUCCUAUGACUCUAUACGGAUCAAUACCAUUCAUGCAUGCUCACAGAAAGAGUUCCACGGUUGGUGUUUUCUGGCUGAAUGCCGCUGAGACCUGGGUGGACAUUGUCAAGUCGAAACACGACACAAACCCGCUGACUCUGGGCCUCACGGGCGGAGUUGUCGACACACAUACGCACUGGAUAUCUGAAGGUGGACUUCUGGACGUGUUUGUCAUGCUGGGUCCAACACCCGAAGACGUUUCCAAAUCAUAUGGGGAGCUGACCGGCUACACUGCAAUGCCGGCAUCGUUUGCCAUUGCCUACCAUCAAUGCAGAUGGAACUAUGUGAGCGACGAGGAUGUCAAGGAUGUCGACCGGAAAUUCGACAAGUUCAAUAUCCCCUACGAUGUCAUCUGGCUUGAUAUUGAAUAUACGGAUGACAAGAAAUACUUCACCUGGGAUCCGUUGAACUUCCCAGAUCCCAUUUCGAUGGAGAAGCAACUUGAUGAGACUCAACGCAAGCUAGUUGUCAUUAUUGAUCCGCACAUCAAGAACAAGGAUGGAUACUUUGUCGUGGACGAACUCAAGAGCAAGGACUUGGCGGUCAAGAAUAAAGACAACAACAUUUUCGAGGGGUGGUGCUGGCCGGGGAGCUCUCACUGGAUUGACGCUUUCAAUCCCGCGGCACGAGCCUGGUGGAAAUCGCUAUUUACAUUCGAUCGGUUCAAAGGCACGCAAUCGAACGUGUGGCUGUGGAACGACAUGAAUGAGCCAUCUGUCUUCAACGGACCAGAAAUCACCAUGCCGCGGGAUAACUUGCACCACGGCAACUGGGAACAUCGCGACCUGCAUAACAUCAACGGCAUGACCUUCCACAACGCCACCUACCACGCUCUCUUGGAACGCAAAAAGGGAGAGAUCCGACGGCCAUUUGUACUCACUCGAUCGUUCUACGCAGGCUCGCAGAGAUCUGCGGCAAUGUGGACGGGUGACAACCAGGCAAGCUGGGAGCACCUUGCUGCAUCGAUUCCAAUGAUUCUCAAUCAAGGUGUUGGUGGAUUCCCUUUCGCUGGCGCCGACGUGGGUGGAUUUUUUGGCAAUCCCAGCAAAGAACUUCAGACGAGGUGGUAUCAAGCUGGCGCAUUCUAUCCAUUUAUGCGUGGUCAUGCGCAUAUUGACACGCGCAGGCGUGAACCCUAUAUGCUAGGGGAGCCAUAUACUGGUAUCAUGACCCAGGCCUUGCGGCUUCGUUAUUCACUCCUCCCGGCGUGGUACACGGCUUUCCAUGAAGCUGCUACGGACGGGCACCCUAUUGUGCGAGCCCAGUACUUUGUGCAUCCAUCAGAUGAAAGAGGGUUUGACAUUGACGAUCAGAUGUAUCUCGGCUCCACGGGUCUGCUGGUGAAACCCGUCACCGUUGAAGGAGGCGAGAGCGUGGACGUCUACCUGUCAGAUGACGAGAAUUACUACGACUACUUUGAUUACACGACAUAUGCUGGCGGUUCCAGAACGCACAAGAUCGACGCACCGUUGGACAAGAUUCCCUUGCUCAUGCAAGGCGGUCACAUCAUCCCCAGGAAAGACCGACCGAGGAAGAGUUCCGGAUUGAUGAAGUGGGAUCCGUACACUCUCGUCGUUGUUUUGGAUAAACACGGCGAGAAAGCGGAGGGCACGCUGUACGUGGAUGACGGAGAGACCUUUGACUACCAGCAGGGGGCGUAUAUCCACCGCCAAUUCUCGUUCGAGGGUGGAGUGCUCCGAAGCAGCGAUAUUGGCACCAAAGGAGCGAAGACCGCGGGAUAUCUGAAGGCAAUGAAAGGGGUGAAGAUCGAGAAGAUCAUUGUAGUCAACGCGCCGGCUGCAUGGUCAUCAGCCGGCGAGCUGGCAGUGUCGGAGGACGGGUUCAAGGGGGAGCGAAAGGUCGAAAUCAGUUAUCACGCCGCGACCGGGAACAAGGCAGCUUGGGCCGUGGUCAGGAGUCCCGGGAUGGGCAUCGGCGUGGAUUGGAGCGUCAAGUUCCCCGAGAGCGCGAGCUCCGCUCCAAAGACGGAAUUGUAGGCCUCUGUACAACAAACACGACACACGAUCACCAUAACAUAGAGAAAUGGGCAAUCCAUGGCAUGAUGGGAAGAAAGACGUGAUUAAUAAACACAGUAUAUUCCGAGUAUACUCGGCAGCAUUCCGCAACCCAACCCACAUGGCGUCGCCAGUAUCCUGCGACCCUGGUACCAUGGGGCUUCUGUAUGUAUGUAUGUAUGUAUGUAUGUAGAUGUAUAAGCUGACAAAGUCGUU